GAGAUAAUUUCUUCUGUCCUCGAAGUGGUUUAUCCCGAUGACCCUGGUUAUCUGUGGACUGAACUGCAAACUUCUAAAACAGUUAGUAAAAUAUUGGGUGAUGAAACAGUGUGGCCCCCAUCUGAUAGAAGUUAUCUUGCGACUCUGGCAGAAGCAUACAAUGUAAAGGCAUGGGAUACAAGAAAACAGGUUUCGUCUAUUAUGGUAGGCAUCGCCAGCUACAAAGCACUAUUGGCCUUCAUUCCUGGGUUGACGCCAUACCGUUAUACCCAGGCCGGCUUGCUUCGCCUCCAGCACGGUAGAACAGUCCCUGCGCCAAAAAAAGAGGCCCCUCGAUUACGGAUUGAUAGGCAGCAUCUAGACCACUUUUUAAGUUUCACCACGAGCCCUCAUUUAGUGUAGGAUCUCCCAUUAAGUACAAAGAAUCUUAAACUAUCAAAUGGUCAGAGCAUUGCGGUUCCUAACUUAAUACGAACCUUGAUUCCAAAGCGAAUCUUUAGGCAAUACAAACAGUACUGCUCGGAAACUAAUUUUUCACCAUUCAGCGAGAGGACAAUGACGAGGAUCCUUUCAGAGUGUAGUGCCUCCCUACGCAAGUCCCUUCAAGGCCUCGAUUACUUUGCUGCAGAGGGGGCACGAGCUUUUAACGAUUUGUCCUGUUCUAGAACAAGCUUUGGAGAAUGGAGCAAGAAAAGAGAGAGUACAAGGUCUACAGGAGGCGCUGAAGGCGGGAAAGCUAUAUCUCAAGGGUGA